AUGUCUUCGAUCAACCCUGGUUCGGUUCCGGACCCGAUAGUCUUCCCAGACUACCGGCUCCGCAGGCCUUUGAGGGUGCUGACGACGCCAUCACUGCUAACGCCCUACUUGCCCGCCGUUCUCAAGAGCGGACCUCCAGCUUUAGUCCUGCGCAUCGUCGCUAUGCUGUUGCUCUUGAACAUUCGCUCUUUUCCCCUCUUUUGGCACAUUAGGGUAUUCCUGCCUGCUGUGUGGGCCAGGUUCAAAGCUAGACCUAGCAUUCAUCCUCUCUUGCCCUGGAUCUCGAGCAGCAAGCAUGCCACCACUCAGCCCGGGACGAGUCCUGCGCUCAGGUUGGAUGCGCUACCCCUCGGCAAAGACAUCUUCAACGAUGUGGAGACAUACACCUGCCGGGCAUGGCCAGAUGACUGCGACUGGAAGUGAGUGGACGUUCGACUGUUGGGUACAGCGUGCGGAUACAAGAGCUGACAGAUUUACUGCCUCGACACAGCCUGCACGUCUCGAACAGCGCAUACAGUCGAGCUCUGGACUACGCCCGCAUGUCCUUCCUCAGCUCCCGCAUUCUACGCUUCCACUUCGAUGGAGGCUGGAUGGCCUUGGGCGGAGCAGCCUUGACCUUUCACAAGGAAAUCCCAUUCAUGGCAAAGUACGAAAUCCGCAUGCAAGUAGCAUCUUGGGACGACAAGUGGUUCUACGUGCUGGCUCGCUUCGUGUCACCUGCCAAGGGACAUGCCAGAACUCGACAAGCAGGAGUCAGGAAGCGGUCGAGAUCAGCUCAGAACUUGAAGGCUAUGCUGAUUGACGUCGCGCAGCCUCAAGGCAAGCCCCCGGUCAGGCCACCCAAGCCGGACGAGGAGCAAGAAGCUGGAUUGCAGGAGGGCGAAGUGGAGCAGAGCUUGGAGGGCCGCACCAUCUACGCCACGGCUGUGAGCAGGUAUUGUUUCAAGUCUGGCCGCAGAACCAUCCCACCUUGGCUCGUCGUUGCCACGUCCGGCUAUGGAACUUUUGCAUCGACGCGCUCCAAUUGGGAAAGGGCUGAAGGUCUUCGACGCAACAUCCUCUCUCGCGAACAAGCCAAAUACCAGAGCAAGCAUGGCAAGGCGAUGCCGCGGGAUGGUAUCAUCGAAGGCGGUGGGCAUCGCAAGGCUGGCAUCAUGAGUGUAUACGACCCUGCCAGAGCAGAAGGGGUCGGCAAGGAAGACAACAGGGGUCUGGGCGCUUGGCAAGACAAAGCCAGCUGGAAUUUGGUGAGCAUUAGGGCGAAAGAAUGUGCAGUGCUCUUCCACCCUUGGCAGCACGAUCUUGAUUGGCUCAUCAUGCCUGCCUUUCACUCUAACAGGGCGAGUUCGAAGAGCGGAGACUUCGGGGCUUGGAAGAGGUACGCACCAUCGUCGGAGGCGUGCUACCUUCGUCUGGCUCUGCUGCCUUGUCAAUCAGCCACUCGUAG